GGAGACACGCCUUCUUCUCACACACUCGCUCCAGAUCCAGGCGUAUGUGCGCACUCAGGGGUGGUGCUCCAGUCCUGCCAUUCGCCGUCCCGACGGGCAGGGGCCGGGGAGCGAGCCAGAGCCACAGGUUGGAAAAAUCAGGAGCUGUCCCGGUGAUGGUCGCCCUGUAGAGCAGAUCCCGUGUCCCUGCUGGCGUGGAAGCUCAGGAGUUGCAGGGCUUGGGGACCGGGAAGGCAGCCUCUGAAACCUGACACCCAGCCCUCGCAAAGGAAACUUCGCAGGCUGGCCCCACAAGACCAUCACUAUGACCGAUGGGGACUACGAUUAUCUGAUCAAACUCCUGGCCCUUGGAGACUCAGGGGUGGGGAAGACGACGUUUCUUUAUCGAUACACAGACAAUAAAUUCAAUCCCAAGUUCAUCACGACAGUAGGAAUAGACUUUCGGGAAAAACGUGUGGUUUACAACACGCAGGGGCCCAGUGAAUCAUCAGGGAAAACGUUCAAGGUGCACCUGCAACUCUGGGACACCGCAGGACAAGAGCGGUUCCGGAGCCUCACGACCGCAUUUUUCAGAGAUGCCAUGGGUUUCUUAUUAAUGUUUGACCUCACCAGUCAGCAGAGCUUCUUAAAUGUCAGAAACUGGAUGAGUCAACUGCAAGCGAACGCCUAUUGUGAAAACCCGGAUAUAGUGUUAAUUGGCAACAAGGCAGACCUGCCAGACCAAAGGGAAGUCAGCGAACGGCAAGCCCGGGAAAUGGCUGACAAAUACGGCAUCCCCUAUUUUGAAACCAGCGCAGCGACUGGCCAGAACGUUGAGAAAGCCGUGGAAAUGCUUCUGGACCUAAUCAUGAAGCGGAUGGAACAGUGUGUGGAGAAGGCACAAGUCCCCGACGCUGUCAAUGGUGGGAAUUCUGGGAAGCUGGAUGGGGAGAAGGCAGCCGAGAAGAGAUGUGCCUGCUAGACUUUGCACAGGACCUCAUCGCCAAGAGCCCCAACCUGACAUCACCGCCCGGUCAGCGACAAACCAGGACAUUGUUGCCAUGCAUAGUGGCAUGUCUGUCUUUUCCUGCAAGAAAAUCUAUUUCAAGAAACCCAAAUAGUCAACUGCAUUCAAAAGAAUCGACCAGUAGUUUCUGAGGCCCCUUCAAACAAAAUCAAAGAUUUUGCAGUGUGCCCUCACCAACGUGGGUGCCCGGUUCAUUUUUCUUAAAAAGAAGACAAGGGUACAGGAGAGUACACAAGCUGAAAUCAGAGUGAGUUUUAAAUCAGAGCCAGACUUACCUACCCUGUUGCACUGGAGAGAGGGACAGGCUACCAAAGGGAGAACAUAGAAAGAUUAUUUUUUUAAAGACUGAGUUUACUUCUUAUGUAGAAUAUGAUUAUUACUUUUAGGUUUGCAUUGGGAAAACAUAUUAGUUAAAAUAGAUACACAAUAAAGAAUUUUAAAUGGAUCGUUAAGAAUGAUAUUCCCCAAUAAACUAGUACCAGAAAGACUAAUUUAGUGAUGAGGCUGCAGGGGAAUGAAUGUCAGACUUCUGCUAAAAUGUGGGCAAUUGUAUAAUAAUGCCAUUUUUAUAUUCUAAAUAAAUGUCAGAAAGACAAGAACAAGAUGGUGAGUUACAAAACACAAGGGAAAUGCCCCGGGAAGAAAAUGAAAGUGGGGGAACACAGCAUUUGGACAAAUGAAACGAAAUGUAUCUGUUAUAGGUGUCUGGAAGAGUUAUCAGGCAGCUUUCACUCUGGCCAAGUAGAAGUGGACAUUGUCGGUGGGGAUUAAGAGAAGAUUCAGAAGUUUCCAUUUGAAACAACAUUUUAGAAAUAGGUUCAGGAUUCAGCUUCACAUUUCAUUUUUUUCCCUAAGUAAAUGGUGAUAGUCACAAAGAUAAAUUAAAAUUGCUGCUUAUUAAGUGUCUUUCUUUAAAGACAGUAAAAAAAAAACCCUAUUUCAACCUAAUUUCUUUUAGGUGAAUAUGCUGGUGGAUGUGAAACAAAAGGUGACUAUUAAUUGUGGAUUUCUUUUCAAUUUACAAAAGCACUGGAAACGCUAAAUAACAUUUCUCCCUUUUAACCCACACCUACCCCUGGCUUUGAAUCAAUUGUAAAAAUACAGGUGUGUCAUUUUGUAGACCAACUUGAGAAUAAUGAUGGAUCAAUUUUAACGGUAACUCCGAAUUUUCAUGUCAUUCAUCACAUAAAAAUUGACGGUAACUCAUGCCAUAUUAUAAUAUAUUAAGCAUUUGUUUUUAUUUUGCCUAAGGCAAAAGGCCCAUAGUUGACCUAUAUUUGGGGAUUUUAUCUCACCAAAAAUUGGUAAUUCACUUUUUUUUCAUAAGAAGCUGCCUUUUCUUUUAAAAAUGAUUCAAAAAGUAUUUUUCAUUGGCCUAUUCUUAUCAUUGUGUCUAAAUUAACAAUCAACUCCUAUUAAACUAUUAUUUAAAUAUUCCAGUGAAUUUUACUAAUAACAAAGGCAUUACACUUUAAGCUUUCUUUUUUUAUUAGGAGUUAUAUGAUUUUUUCAAUGGAAUAAUUCCUCUUACUGUUGGUUAAACUUCAUUUUUUCCAACUUGGUGCCUAUUUUGUUAAGUUACAGAUGCUGCAAAGCCUAAACUCAGCUCCCCGUCCCCCACCUCUGCCUACCAGCCUCUACCUGAUAUCGAGUCAUUUUUAGAUCCAGGGGAAUGUCUAUGGACAUAAUGAUCUUAGUGUGGACUGGGCUCAGAAAUGCACCUGAAUGAAAGCAAUCCGGAAGCUCUGAUGAGUUCACCCUCCAUGAAGUUCCUGGCAUUUACUGCCCACCUCCCCUGACUUCCGCCACACAGUGCCAGCUUCUAAGAUGGAUCACAGGCAGGUGCUGCCUGCAAAGGUGUUUUUCUCCAGGAUGCUUCUCAUGACCUCAGUACCUGUGCCAUGAAGAUGGAAAGCUAUUAGCUAACAUGAAACGUGUUUCUUUUGGAAAAGCGAACAGAAACAGCGUAACUAUUGCUGUAGGCAAAAUCUGGUGAACUUCUGAGGUCAUUAUAUCACUUUCUUAUUUGGAUCCAAAUUGUGAUUUCCCCUGCAUUUCCACAAUAUGGAAUGUUGAGCCUUUAUAAAAUUCUAAAGGUAUUCUAUUUGGGGUAUGUCUUUCUAUUUCUUUUAAUUUUCCAGUUAUAUGAUUGAUUUACUUAUGCCAAGAUUCUGUCAUUGUCAGUUUAUUUAACAAGCAUUUGUUCAGGGUCUAUUUUAAGAUUGUCACUUGAUAGUUGCAGCGUGAAGCAGAGGGUGAUGAUGUCCAUAAUUAUAGAACUACGCCUGUGAAAAGAACAAUUAUUGGGUAAUAAUCUCAAGAACAACAAAACUUAAAGCAGACAUGAAAAGUAAUUUAUAAUUGUAUUCUACUUAUAAAAACUUGAUCUAAAAAAAUAUUUCUCUCUGUGAAGUUUGACACCUGACCCCAAAUUCUAUGUAAACGUUAAUACCAAUUCCUCCUCUCAUUAUCACAUAAUUAAUAUUCUUUAUUAUUUAUUUUACCAAUUUUGGGCCACAAAGUAUUCAGACUGCCUUGGAGAACUGCAUAGUCCCUCUAAUCCACAGUAACAUGUAUUUUUAGCCAAGAUGAGUCUUAUUGCUAAUUAUCUUCCAAAGGCUCUAGUAAACCAAAUUGCAUUUUGAAAAACUAUUUAAAGGGUGCAUGAAAUUCCUUUCUAAUAGAGAAAUGGUUUCUGGGGCAUGCACUCUGCUUUGAUGUUUGCAUUGCUCUAACCCAGUGCCUCGGGGACCUCUGUGGCCAAAUCUGCCUCUGUGACCACAUAGCUCACCCUGUAAUCCAUUAUAGGGAGGCCUCCCAGAGACACGAAUGCAGCCAAAGGUCUUUGAUGUCUUCAGCAAAGGGUUCAAGGACGUCAUCAGAAUCUGGAGGUCAUCACCACCAUCUCCUGGUCUCCUAGCUCAUGUCUCAUGGAGUGAGCAUUACUUGAGACUUGUAACUAAUUAGGUACAGAGUUAUUGUUAAAUGUAAAGAAAAAAAUUCUUUGAAAAAUGUAUCAAAAAUAGUUGAGAGAACGCAGUGUUUGUCUUGGUAUGAUGAGGGCAACAGGCCACGAAUCAGCAGAGAAAGAAAGUAUUAAAUUCUGGGAGUUGAGCUGGUGGAUCUCUACAUAAGAGUUUUAAAAUUCUUUCAAGUCACACUCUAGUCAGUUUGGUACCAUUCCCAUAUUACCAGCUACCACACUGCAAAAAAUUCAAAUCCAGCAUUUUCUAAAGUAAAUAUUUUGUCUUGUUUUUAAUCAGAUGGGCCAUGCUGUGUAUGGGGGAAAGGGGCUGUCUUUCUUAGACUUCUAGUGUAAGGUGUUCUCUACCAAUCAGUACAGGUCAGAUGAACUGGGCAAGAGUUUUAAUCAGUCUUUGUGAGAGGGAGAGAAGCUUGACCAUAGAGAAGGACAUGACUACAUUUAAAAAAUAAUAGUAGUCAAAUAUCCUUUAAACUGUAAAUUGAGUCUGCUGGAAAUCACUAAAUUUGAUGAAGCUCAUUUUCACCUGUAGAGUGAAUACAGCAGUUAGAGAAAUAAUAGGUGCAAUAGAGAAAGUGUAGGACUAGGUACAGUAUAUACCCUGGAAUCUUGUGUCUGUGGGACAGAUCACUGACCGCGCUGUAUCCCUGUUCACACGGAUAAAAAGAUGGGGAGCGCAGAUUCAGUUCUCAUUGUGUACCACACUAAAAAUCUGGGGGAAACCCUCAUCCAUAAGAAUUUUGGAGUUUAAAACUCAACCUUUAAAGAAAUAAUAUUGAAGUUUCUAAUUCCUAAGACACAGAAUGACCCUUUAAGAGGAAGUUCUGAGAACUGAUGUUAACCAAAGUGAUUUUUGAAAGUUCACUUUUACCCUCUACUACCUAGCUUUAAAGCAUUAAGAGAAGUCUAGAAUAUUUAAGUAUGUUAGGGAAAGCUUUAUUAUUUUUUCAAGAUGCUGUCUAUAUUUGAAAAGGUUGUCUAAAAAUCUAUCAAGAAUUAUAUUUUUUUCUUAAUUUUUGGCCAAGAUGAUCUGAACUUAUGUCUGGGCAGAGUGGUGAAUUGUUAACAUGGAAAGUAGAUAGAGAAUAUUAUCUGAGAUGGGUGUUGUCUCGAUGCUUUAUAAAUCUAUGAAAAUAUUUGUCUCAUAAAGUAGAACUGAUAAAAAAAUUAUUGCUAGAUACAGCAGGAAUUUUUUAAACUUAUUGCCUUAGAAUUCUUGGGUGGAGAUCAACUACAAUGACAUUGUGAGCAAGAGCUACAAGGAGAGCUAAGAGUUCGAAGUUUCUAAAUAGAGUUCUUAAAUAUCACAGAACAUGGAGGCAUUCAUCCCCAAAAGGUAGAUUUUUAGGUAGGAAAAAGAAGAUUGCCAGAAAGAGUUUUUGUAACUAGACCCAUGGCAAAUAUUUAUUCUUCAUUUUUAUCUACCCAGUAGAGAAUUAUAGCCUUCAAACUAAGCUAAUAAAAAUAUUUAAGCUAAAAUAUUUCAUUAUUAGCAUCAAAAAUUUGGAAACAAAUGUUUUUAUCUGAAACUCUCUUUCUGAUAAUUGGAGUAGCUUCACAGACGCUUUCCUGCAGAGCUGCUCCAGCUGCCUAUGGUUGUUGGGAGAUUCUCCAACUUCACAAACAGAGGGAAUGAUCACCUGUGCCCAAAGGGUGGGUUAUUUUAAAGGGUGCCAUUUUUUGAAGAAAAAAAAACACAAAUGAAUCGCCUUGGGAGUGAGUCAUUUAAAUGUUUUCCGGUUCUCUUUCUCACAGACCAUGGAAGUCAUGGCUAAUAGCUCUCAGCUUAGUCUUUAAGGAUCUUUAACAAAGUGUGUAGGAGCUGGUUUGUCUGUCCUUAAUAACCUAGUGGGCCCUUAUUUAACCAGUGGCAGUUGUCUAUGUGUCUGUUGACACCUCAAAAUAGGGUCCCUAGCAAUGUGGAGUAACAUACAGUACUUAUUCUGAAUCUUCUGUUCUCCAGGUUAUUGUUUCAAAUGCUCCUUGAGAGGGAGCCUAGAAAUAGAAAGUGUCCAGAAAGAACCAGCUGGGGACCAUGUGUCUGUUAUUAACUCUCAUAGUGGCUUCUCCUUGUGUGGGACUUACCAACCCCACGUGCCUCCUAAGGUGAGGGACUCAAUAAUCAGGCUCAGUGGUGAACAUAUAUAAGAAAUCAGUUUUCACAUUAUGUUCCACUUCAUACACAGACACUAUUAGCACAGACUAAGAACUAACCAAGAGUCAAAGUCGUCAUCUGAACCAUUUGUGCAUAGAAGUGUCAUAGCAGGGAAACAAGUCAUUUUAGUAGGUGUCUUGGAAACCGUCAAUGAGUAGUCGACUUGAGGUUAUUGUAUUUGAUUGAAAUGUUUAAUAUAUCUGAAGUUCCUGAAAAAAAUACGAGUUCUAUUUCAUUUCAUAUGUCAACUUGUAUUUCCUUCAAGGAGUCCAGUUAUAUUCUAGAUUGUAUAUGACAACUUGGUCAAAAUACUCCUUGUACCGAUAGGGCUUUUGUGUCCAUGGCCUUGUAAAAGAUACUUGUAUCUGCAAUUAUUUAAUAAAAGUUAGUUGUCCUGCUUAAUGUGUCAAAAGCAGACAAUGUUCUGACAUAACACUGAUGUGCUUCACCAUAUCCCAAUGGUCUGUCUUCAUGUGAUACUGUCGUUGCUAGGCUAAGCUCAUGCGACUUUGUCAGCUACAUAGAUCUGUUUUGUCUAGCGCUCUGGCUGUAAGUUAAAACUUUAAACGAUGCCCCUGGAUAGACUGCAGUGCCUGACAGAUGCUGUUGGGUCAUCAUCCUAUUGUACCAAAGUUCCGGUGACUUCAGAAAUCAUAGCAUCCAAUGAUUUUGUGGUGUCUGGGUUUGAAUACUACGGUUGAGAACUGUAUACAGUGAUUGUUACUGCACACUUUUCAAAUAAAAAUGCAUUUUUACUGAUCA